AUGACUUUUGGUUGGGGAAACUGUGGCUUCGGCUGCAAUGUCGCCUGCGAAUCACAAGGCCCUCCAUCAGAGGUCUGCGUCCAGCCUCCAACCUACUGUGUGACAAUGCCUGGGGCCAUCCUGCACUGUGAUACAACACCUUGUGCUGUAUACACUACAACACCCUGCGGCUAUGGUGGCUGUGGUUAUGGUGGCUGGGGAGGCUUUGGUUAUGGCGGCUGGGGUGGUUGCGGUUAUGGCAGCUAUGGAGGCUGCGGGUAUGGUGGCCGAUGUGGUUAUGGUGGCUGGGGAGGUAGAUGUGGCUGGAGAUGUUAG